AUGAGUCAAGAUGAGGAGACUCAUCACAUAUUCGUCAGUGCUCCCCCUCCGAUUCCGGAGUCGUCUUUGCUGAAAAUGACGUCGUCAGAAGGGCAGGUGAGAGAUGAACGAGAAGAAGAGAGUGACAAACAGGAGUAUCGGUUUCAGCCGCGAAGACUCGAGAAGGAGCCGCUGAUCGACGAGGGAAACGAGAUGAUCGACGAGUCGCGAGCCACCUACUGGAAAGGAUGCGAGUUUCUGAAGGCGUCCGGACUGUGCUCCAGUAAAUGUAAGCGUCCUUUCUCAUCAGAAUCGUCCUCUUUAAUCAAAACCUGUUCAAUGGAAAGGCUUUAAAAACGUCGAAACCUUUUCCAUCACUUCCGACGGAUUCCAGCUGUGCCCCUUCUUCUUCCCUUUUUCCCACCUCAAAUCACUUCAAAUGCUGUCGUGUUCAGUGUCUCUCCAGUCCGCCUCGGCCAAUAUGUGCCGUAUCUGUCACACUUCCACUUCCACCCGUUCCAAUCCACUCAUCUCUCCGUGCCGCUGCUCCGGAACCCUGCUCUUUGUGCACAAAGCGUGUGUAGUGGUAAGAAAACGUAAAAAGACGCGGAAGUGAAAUGGAAAGGGGAUUGCAGAGAUGGCUGGAGAUGUCCACGAGAAAGAUGGUGCCGUCGCCGCGCUGCGAACUGUGCGGAUACGAUUACAGAAGAGGCAACGUCUUCCAGAUGAGGUCGAUCCACGUGCCUCACGUCGACCGCAGCUCGUGCGUCCUCAACAUUCUCUUCCUUUUCACCGUCUUCAUCAUGAUCUUCUGCGGAUAUUUCACAAUUCAAUUCAUCCAGGAGAAUGCUCUUCUCAAGCGGAGGUCCCCAUUUCCGGCCCCCGCUCGUCUCCCUAUCCCUCUUAUUUUCAGAUUGUUCGCCCACAGCUCAGCCAACUCUGCGUACACGUGGAAACGGAGAGGAUACUUCAACGGCAACGGGGCGAACGGAGACACGGAUUCCUCCGACGGCUACUUCUCGCGGACGCCCGUUUCUUCGCUGUUCGACUUCAAAGUCGUCUCGUGUGCUUCCAUGUUCCUUCUCUCCUUUAUCGUCGCCCUUUUCACUCAAUAUCGGUAAUUCUUUUUCGGCGCAAUGAGUCCAUUUCAUUUCACUUGCUUCCAUUUAAUAUCGUACGUUUGCAGAGCCGAAUGCACAAUAUUCCGAUGCAUUUUCCGAUUCUUCGUCAUAAAUCAGAAUUGGAUGAUCAAGAAUUACGACAUAAAGUGAGCCGCCCGUUCGUCCCAUUUCCAUUCUGACAAUUCCAGAAAUGAUCCCGAAAUGGCGCACCGCCGUCCGAAGCCGUCCUCGGUCCCACCGGUCGCCCUCUCCGCUUCGGAUAUGUGUCUCCACGUGUCUUCCUAG